AUGCAUUCAAUAGUACGAGUUGCGACGGGACUGCCCAUAAACCUUAUGGCUCCAUCCUCCAAAUUGGUUACCCAAUAUCCGAAGGAAUGGUUUGACAAGCACCCGAAUAAAAAACCAAGAUGUACCAUCGACUUGACUUCGUCUGAUCUAGGGAAAUGCCGUGGUGUGAUCAAGGGGAUGAUUGACAGUAAUAAUCUAACAUUGGAUUAUGUGAAAACUUUCCUUUAUUUCUUCUAUAAGGAGAUCACAAUGGAAUUAGAUGAUGAUUGGAAGUCAUAUGGUUUGACUCUCGGUGUUAGAGGGGAAGAUGUCACUCCGUUGUCUAUCUUAGACAUCCAAACAGUAGACAAUCCCAAAGAAAGCUCAGGGACGGGGGUUGCUGAUAAAGCAGAUGACGCCUGGAUAGCUAUUUAUCUUCUGGGAAUUUACCGUAUGAUCAGGACCACUGUUCAAGAAUACAAGACUACGGUAGCCCAAAAGAUCAGUGAACAGAUGAAGGCCCACAAUCAGAAUGCACCUGCCAUGACCGAAGUAGUAGACAGUUACACCGGUUGGGACAAUGAUAGAAGUUUCCGGAUGUUAGUGGGUUGCGUGGACAUGUUCAUGUUCAGGUUUCCCAAUCACAAAUAUGCCAACUUUCGAAUUGGCACGACAGGAUCUCGGUUCAGAGAUUGCACAGCUUUAUUAUCUAUCAGUCAUGUCUCAACCAAGUUAGGACUACCAAAUUUGGAAGAUCUCAUGGAAUGGGUGUUUGUAGAGGCUGUAGGUGAGGACGUCGCCCGAAUGAUGAAGGAUGGGGAGGAAGUAUUGGAACCAUUCUCAUAUUUCCCGUAUCAGAUGGACUUUAAUCUAGUUCUAAAAUCUUCAUAUUCUGCCGCUGAACUUGCAA